AUGGAUUCCACGCACUUAUCGUUCGGAGCAGCAGAUGUUCCCCAGGAACGAUUCACGAAGCUACGUCUACUCUUCUCUAGUGGCACACUGACUAGAGAGGAAUGUCGCUAUAUGAAAAUCAUCCUUUCUAAGAUCCAUAUAGAUCCUAUCGGCGACCUUCCAUUGGAACUAGUCAGGCAAAUUGCACUGCUGCUCGAACUGCCCGAGUUUGUGUUCUGUCUCACCGUAUCCAGACAAUGGCGCAGCAAGCUUCUAUCUCCCGCCGUGCUGUACACUGUUACAGACAGGUUCUGUCCUUCUUUAACGCUUUCCCCCGAUCAAUAUGAUUCGAAAAUUUACUUAGAUGCUCUUCACAGGCGACUGGACCCUAUGCAUCUUGGCAGUAAUCAUAAUGUGUCCGCCGUAUACGCACAAUUCGGCUUGUCUGACGAUGGCCCCGAGAUAUAUGAGCAUUCGUACUCGACUGCCUUGUAUUUUCAUGGCAUGAUAGCAUGGCACGCUAAACAACACGUCGUGGUAGUCGACAACUUAUGGGAACGGACGCGGAAGAUGUUCAAGCUGCCAGGAGUUCUUCCCAUUCGCCCACAUUUCCAUAUUCUUGCCCUUGGGGAUAGACUCGUGGUCGGUGCCGUGCAUCGUUCUAUAGUCGCAUGGGAUCACGUAGCGAACGCUCCUCUGGGAAAGAAAUUACCUAGUCCCGUCAAGUAUGCUACAACAGAAGGAUUACGAGUUGGUAUAGUACUCGAUAAUGGGGAGGCCUAUUUAUGGAAAUUUGGCGGCAUCCUGUCGAAAUUGGCAACGGCUCCUCUGCACCAAAUGCAUGGACUCCAUGGAGAGUCGUUAAGAGCAUGGAAAUUGAACCUUCGUAUUUUUUUCCAUCCUACAUGUAGUAAUACUCUUUUCCUAGCUUCCGGCCACAUCGAUCUUCAGCGUGAAAGUGGACGCUCCAACGCCUUUCUCGUCACUUUUUUCAACGCUCUUGUCAAACGAAUGGUCUAUGAAUUCGAGGAUUCGAAGCACAUACGUACCUUUCAACUUGAAAUUCCUUUCAAACUCAAGUACGAAAACCCUAUUGACGUAAAGGUCGACAUAGAAAAGGUCUUACCAUACCGCCGUGAUAUCAUUGGGUUUUGUCAACGAAAAUACCACCCUCUAAUACAGUCUAUCAGGUCAUACCAGCAUGAUAAUUUCGUCGAGUUUGAUAUCUAUGACCGACAGUUCAGAUCACGUAUCGGAGAGCGGUUUGACUUGAAGGAAUUUGGCUGGCGCGAUUCUUUGGAAGAUGGCGAUUUGGACUUUCAAGUCAAAUUUUAUAAGAACGGGUUUUCAGUUACUAGCCACCAACCGGGGUUCAAUUUCGGAAUUGGCGAAUGA